CGAAGGACUAAAAUGGGCUUUUGUCUGUCAUCUAACGCAAGAAAAAUACCCAAACGUUGUUUUCACCGAAGUUGAAAUCGCGUCGUCCACAGAAGAAACACAGCUUCCUGCUGCAGAGACAGGAACUCUGACACACGCAGCCGCAAAAACAUCAGACACUGGAAAACUGUCUGCAGACACAGUGAGAGAUCAUGACGACGCUGCUGGACCUGAAGAGCAGUGUGCUGAGGCAGGUGCAGAGGAGCCAGUCUCUGAGGAGCCGAAGGGAGCCGUCGCCCACCGCCAGCAUCCCCCUCACACACUGUCCUGACCCGUUACCCCGCAGGAUUUCCGAGGAGAGCGCGGAGUUCUUUGAGCGUGUGAACGCCAUCCUUCAGAAGCAAGAGAACAUGCUGCGGGCUGCCCAGGCUGAGGGCGAGAAAGGGGCCUGCACCGAGCCGCCGCCCCAGGAGCUUGUGGACCAAGCCUUUAUCCCCGACAGAAUCAGAAGGACAGAGCUGGACCUGCUUUAUGAGGAAGCUGUGUACACGGUGGUCAACCGGGUGGGAGUGCCUUCACCUGAACACGUGAUAACUGACGAAGAGCUGUUUUCUUACCUGCUGAAGGUGUUUGAUAUGGGAGAAGAGGAACAUGACAUCAUUCUCCAAAAAGUUCAAGAAUCCAAGCGAGCCAGUUUUUCGCUGAGAGUGUCUGUCAUGAAAGCAAAGAGUCUGAUGGCCAAGGAUGCAAAUGGGUACAGCGACCCAUACUGCAUGCUGGGAAUCCUGCUGGGCCAGAGCCCGCGGGACACGGAGGAGAAGAAGGAGAGAAAGUUCAGCUUCAGGAAGAGAAAGGAGAAGCUGGAGAAACGCUCCAGCACCAAGGAGGUGUUACCUGCCCAGUGCAUCCAGGUGACCGAGGUCAAAGCGGAGACUCUCAACCCGGUGUGGGACGAGCACUUUCUGUUUGAAAUAGACGACGUGCACAAUGACCUCUUACAUCUCGACAUAUGGGAUCAUGACGAUGACGUGUCUGUUGCUGAGGCCUGCAAAAAGCUCAAUGAAGUCAGUGGACUCCGAGGAAUGGGCAGGUAUUUUAAGCAGAUAGCAAAGUCAGUGCGUUCCAACGGAUCUGCGUCGUCUGGCUCCGAGGAGAACGCCGACGACUUCCUCGGAUGCAUCAACAUCCCGUUGAACGAGAUCCCGAUCGCCGGCCACGACACCUGGUUUAAGCUGGAGCCUCGAUCGAGCACGUCUAAAGUUCAGGGAGAAUGUCAUCUGAUGCUGAAGCUGUUCACCAGCCAGAGAGACACAGCUUCUUCUAAGAAAGACUCCAACGUCUCCAUUCACAAGAAACUGCUGAGUCAGAUUGUGGAGUAUGAGCACGCUCAUGUUAAGAGAGAGCCGUACAACUGGAACGGGCAGGUUUGUCCUCCAGCCUGGACUGUGCUGACUCACCACGCUGUGCAAACUGAUCUCUCACCUCUCCAACAGGCUAUUAUCCGCUGGCAGUGCUACAGCAGCCACCAUCGGACCCAGAGGGUGUGCUACUCCCUGCUGCUGCGCCUCCUGAGGACCAUCGAUGCAGAGUGGGACCCCGUCGCUGUGAGGGGAGACCUGGAGAGGCAGCUGUCAGACAGCUUCAGGCUGUACACAGAGCACUGCCUGUGCCUGAUGAAGAACAUGCGUCAGGUUUUCCCCUGCACCAGCACUGCUGCCAUUACACGCUACGAGCUCAUGCUGAGGGGGAUUGGCUACAUGCAGAACAUGCAGGCGUUUAAGACUGUGUGUCCUCUUCGUAAUGAUCUGCAAUUGGACAUCACUACUGCUGCCAAGAAAGGGACUGCAGAGUGGUACGAGAGCUUAAUUGCACGGUAUAAACCAGAGGACGGGACUCUGGAGGAGCAGCUGAAGAAGCUGGUUCAGGUGGUUGAUGCUGCGUGUGCAGACGUGCAGAGAGGCCAGAACAUCUACAACAAAGUCUUCGGCAGCGCAGUGAAAGUAGAUUUCUUCAGCAUAUCCUACAGGCAGUUGGAGAAACAGGUCGCCGAUGAUGUAAAUGUGGCGAUGGAGCGGGUUUGUGGUACUCUGGAGCAGGAGAGCUCCAGACUGUCUCAGACGAUGGGAGAGACCAUCUUUGAGCUCUUCAUGUCCUUGAAAAUCCUCAAAGGCUUUCGAGAGUUUCUUCCCCUGAAGGACGCUAAGAUGUUGGCCUUGACAGGCUUUCAUAACUGGUUCAAGUCGUCGAUUCAUAAGUGGCUGCAGAUCGUUCAUGAUCGAUCCUGCGACAGAAUCCGUAAAGCCGUGGAAACAGACAAGCUCGAGCCCGUGCAGCAGGUCAAACACAGCUCCUCGGCCGUGGAGGUGACAACGUGCUUCAGCCAGGUACGCGAGAUCUGGCUCCAGCUGGCCUGGCCAGACUCUGCGGGGGCCUUCAUCUUCGUCACUCGUUUGACAGAUAAUUUCUGCAGCGAGGCCGUUUGCUACUCAGAGAUGAUGACACGCAAGAUCGAGAGGAACCAGGUGGGCCGAGACUACAAGAGCUUCACCGUGCAGCUCUGCAUCGCCCUGAACAACACAGAGCACGUUCGUGUUUUCCUGGGUCACCUGCCCCGUGACCUGGACUGGCCGGGUGUGGAGCGGGCCAUGGAGGAGUCCUGUGGGGUGGAGGGGAAGGAGCAGGUUUACAAGGCUCUUAAUGGGCAACUGUUCAACAUGGACCUGGACCUGCAGAGAGAAGCCAAACGUCUCAUCACACUGCUCACUGACAAGAUGCAGCCUGAGCUGCGGAAGUGCAUCCAGCACAUCAGCCUGUCUCCAGACUCCAUCAACAAUGACGACGCUGUUUCCCCUCUUAUGAAGUACUUACAAGACACUAUGGUCAUCCUCACUGAAAACCUUGUGAAGGAGAAUCUGACUCGAGUUCUCCAAAGCAUGUGGGAGACGCUCCUGCAGAUGAUCCUGGACGAGGUCGCAGAAAACAGGGGCGUUCAGGUGGAGUUCUACAACCGCUUCCAGUACACAGUGGAGACGCUGUUGCAGUUCUUGCAUGCCAAGGGAGACGGUCUUUCCCUGGAAGACAUGAAGAGUGGAGACUACAAGGUCCUGGAUGAGGAGCUCAAGCUGAAUAAAUGUUCCUCCUUUGAGCUGAUUGAACAGUACUAUCUGGAGAAGAUUUCCCUACAGAAAACACUGAAACAUACCCGCUUUGGUCGCAUCAGUGUGAAGUGUUACUAUGAUGCUCCAGAGCAGAGACUGACUGUGGAGAUUCUGCACGCUGCAGAUAUCAUCGCACUCGAUGCCAAUGGUCUGAGUGACCCCUUUGUCAUAGUGGAGGUCUGUCCUCACCACCUGUUCCCCAUGGCCAAGAGUCAGCGCACGCAGGUGAAACUCAAGACCCUGCACCCAGUAUUCGACGAACUCUUUUACUUCCAUGUCAGCCCUGAACAGUACAGACACAGGUUUGCCUGUUUGACCUUCACUGUGAUGGAUUACGACUGGCUUUCCACCAACGACUUCGCCGGUGAAGCCGUGGCUCCUCUCAGCGACUUCUGCUGGCCAGGGAGACCGAACGCCUCCGCCGCCGGCAAGAGCGUCCAGCCUGUCAUUCUCCACCUGUCUCGCAGUAAACCCAGUGAAAAGCCAAUCAUGAGGAUGCUGGACGCUCGCGUCGGAGACAAGGAGGCUCAGGAGUUUGUCCGCAGGCUGAAGGAGAUUGAGAAGUCAAUGGAGGAGGAGUAAAAGCUGUCAGCCAGCGCUGCCUGUGUUGCUGUCUUCUGACCACGUCUUGCGACAUGUGCUUUUGUACCGGUACGAUGUUUACAAUAUUUGAAUUAUUUUCCAAUGUUAUUGUUUGUUCAGUAAUUAGACCGAAAUGGAAAAAGAGAGUGAAGAGUGAAGCUUCUCGCUGUCCUCUUCCUGGGAGAUGAACAUCCUGUCACUGUGCAACCCUAUGCUGUCUCACUUCAGCUAUAUUUUAGAAUUUAAUGGAUAGUUGAUCCUAAAUGUUGCUAGUCUAUAUUUUUUGUAACGAGUAAUGUUAUCUUUGUUGUAUGAUCUUUGAUAUGAUAGAUUUAACAUUUCAGAACUAUUUUGUGGGAGUAUCUUAUGUAUCCAAUCGUAUAAGUCUAAAUCUAUACCUCAGAUAUGCUCAUCAGUUGCUGGGCAGUUUAACAGGUAUCCAGAGUUCUCAUUCUCUUUGGACAUUGAGGAGAUAAAUUGCAUGAAAGCCUAUUUAGGAUGUGAAAGCUUGAACCCACAUUGAUUUUCCUGAUCAUACAGUGGCUUACUAUGGAAACAGCUAUGAAUAAAGAUAUCUAUGUCAAGAGGGAAAUCAUGGAGACACAUACAAGCUUUGGGGGAUUGCACUUUCUGAGAGUUGGUGCUUUAAGGUCAGUGAGCGCUCAGCAGCAGGGAGGCCUGACACUCCCCGGAGGCGCACGCCACAGAUCGGGUUCAUUCGGCUUUUCAGAUUGCUCUUCACAAAGAACAUGAUCGGUCACUGACGAGGCCAAAACAAAUAUUCUUUUAACUCCGUCUCUUCUUGCUGUCUGACACCAGUGAGCCAGCGUCUGCACAAAUGUACGUGACUGGUUCAUUGGUGUAGAGAACUGAUAUCCCAACGAGGAAGUAUUUCAUUUGAUUCAUUGAUUGCUAUGGGAAUGCAACAACAACUGUUUCUAAAGUACACACCCCACCCUGGCUUUAAUCUCAUAUUUACAUUACUAUUUAAAUGUUCAGUUAUUUUGUGAAGGUAUUAAUCCCUUUAGCACCUUCAGUUCCUCAGGGAGCCGGCGCUGUAUGCCGAAGCAUUCCUCCUGGGUUAUGGGGAUACACCAGGAAACCCUGAUGCCUGAUAAUUGAAAGGGAGAACAGACUUGAUGUCCCCAAAGAUUACACAGCGUGUGGCCAGAUGGUGGUUAAUUGCAGCUAAUGAGCUCAUGUAGUGUUCAGCAAGUUGAGCAAACAGCCAUUAAACAUUUGUUAUUCCAACUUUAAAUGGAUGCAGGCUCAUUACAGGCCUACAAGGACCAACAUUUGAGUUUGAGUGUCGGUGUCGGGCUUAAUCUCUUGAGGUAAAGAGAACGAGAAAGCAUAAUGAACUUGUGCAGAGGCGUAAUUAUAUCUCGGGGGUGAGACGAGACCUCGCUGCCUGCUGCAGCUCUCAUUGGCCCAACAGGUACAAGUCAACACCAGCUCUCGCCACUCCUCCAAAGCUGCGUGUCCCGUCUGUGACUGGAAGGGUCUUAAAGAAUUUUUGCAACCUGGAAUCCAACUCUCUCAUCUCGUGGAAAAUAUGAAAUUGUUAUGCAAUUGAAACAAACGACUCAAAAAACACAUUCUGAUAACAGAGUAGCCUAGAAUUGACUCUAGUAGCGGUGAUCUAGCAAGCUAAUAUUAUAGUAGCAACUCUAAAGGUCCAGUUUCCUGCACAGGGUUUGAAUUAAACCAGAAUUAUAUUUAAAAUUUUAAUAAUUCAAUGAAUAAUUGUGUAUCUCAGAGGGACCUUCCUGGUGAAAUAAAGUCAAAUGAAUUAAUACAAAGUCCUGGACGAACGAGUCAGCUGUCCUCCAGUGAGCGUGCACUCAGCUCUCACUGACCAGGUUCAUAUUAAUCACCUGUAACUCAAGGUGCUCAUGGCAGCUCAAACUGCUUACAAGAAUCCCACAAUAAGACACAACUAGAAGGGCACGCGGAGCGCACGAACCGCUGCCAAGGCCGGUUCAAUAAGAGAACAAAUAAAGCGUUUAUCCGCCGUGUGACUCAGAUCUGCGAGUUCUUCCUUGACCCGUGCGAGACUCUUCCACCAAGCUUCAGGGAAGUAGUUUAGUCCAGCUGAGAAGCAGAGAAACUGAAAACAUAACCUCCUUUAGUGGAGGUCAAUGGACGCAUGAAAAGUACUCAAGAGUCCAAAUUGUUCAAGUGUCUCUACUUUCAAAAUAAAGGUUUAAUUUAAGCCGUUUAGUCCUGGAGGAACUUUAAUCUUUCUUCAGGAAAUUGGUCCAGUUGAGUUAAAUAAGAAGUGAAUUUAUUCCUGUGCAGGAAACUGGUUCUUACUGUCACACAUGUAGCCUGACGUGUACAGCUGGUGAACUGGAACCUACUCAGAAACACAAAAGAAAGAAUAAUGUUGAGCUUCUGUUUGCAUGUUAAAAAAGAUUGAAGUCAGUUCCACUAAUCGGGCCUUUUAGGAGUUGUUUAAUGAAUGUUGCCAGUUUUAAAUGUGGCACUUUUUAGUACAGGAUCACAAUAUAUAUAUAUAUAUAAAACACUGUAGCAAGUACCGAGAAAUGUUCACACCGACAGCAUUUAGUUAGUGAUGUAACUUAACAGUAGCUGCUUGUGUCGUGCUUUGUCGUUACUCUGUGGAGUUGUGAGGAUGAAGCACGCAAACACCGUAUCUAUGCCUGGAGAGUGUGCGGCGUCACAGGGACUGUUCAGUGAGCGAGUCCUCGAGUGCCAUGUCUUAAUAUCACCUGCCAUCUUUUUUUGUUUUAACAUCACACUGUAGGUUGUCCUAAACAAAGACGGUACAUAAAUACUUUAAUGGAUCUAUUGAGUGAAAUGUUGUUAAGUGUCAGUGUGGCAGGGAUGCUUUCUCUACUUUAAAACCAGAUGUUUACACGAAACUCAAACUCACUUUGAGUCUAAACUAUUAUUAUAUUGUCGGAUGAAGCGAAGAGAAUAUAAUAAACUUUAUACUAGGGUCACAAUAAAACUUUCAAAGGUGAUUUACAUCUUUCUAACGAGGACAGAAAUGUUCUUUGUGAGGAAACACAGUUCAGUCACAGUGUUUACGUCCUCACGUCGCCCUGAAACAGGCACGCUGCUCAGUAUUAGAAGAGUGAAUUGAUUUAUUCUGCUUAAAAGAUGAAAUAUUCAGUGAAGUAUUGCUGUAUUUAUUUUAUUUAAGUGCAUUUCAUAAAGCUUUGCUGAACACGAGGAACAAAAGGCAAAGGAUCUCAGACUGUGAAUGAACAGAACAUCACUAUUAGUUUCAUAACCGUCAGUGCUGACAUGGACAUAUUUGAUUUCACUAAUAUAGAAAUAUUUGUGGAGUAUUUGGUUUGUCGUCUGCCGUCCACAUAUAUAAAGGCAACAGCUGGUGAAACGUGUCUUCGAGAAGCAAAACGCCUUCGACUUGUUAUCGUAACAGUGAAUUAUUUGUCCUUGAAUUGUAAAUGCCUGUGUUGCUGUUUACUGGAUUAUACCUUUGGGAGAUGUCUAUGACCUUGAAUAAAGAUUGUAUUUAAGUUUGA